CUAGUCUUCUUCAAAUUCGACCAGAAGAAAUGGUUGCUCACCGUUUGUUACAUUCAAGAAUCCUCUUUUUCUCCCGCUUUAAAACCCCUCGCUCUCCUUCUAGACCUCUCAAAACCUUGACAACAUCGUCAUCAUCGCUAGCUCCCGAAUCCGAAACAACCCCAUCAUCCUCUUCGGAUCCAUACUUGGUGGACAAACUCUGUUUCAGUUUGACGCAAGGCAAUAAUAACAACAACACAGCUUCUUUGCGAAACCACCUGAUUCGACUAAACCCUCUAGCCGUCGUCGAGGUUCUGUACCGCUUCCGAAACGACUUAACUCUAGCUCAAAGGUUCAUCCAUCAAUUAGGUUUUAACCUUCCCUAUUUCAAGCACACAUCUUUCUCUCUAAGCGCAAUCAUCCACAUCCUCGUGAGGAGCGGGAGGUUAUCCGAUGCACAGAGUUGUCUUCUCAGGAUGAUUAGGAGAAGUGGCGUCUCCAGAGCAGAGGUUGUGACCUCCUUGGUUUCCACUUACACUAACUGCGCCUCCAACGAUUCCGUUUUCGAUUUGUUGAUUAGGACUUACGUUCAGGCUAGAAAACUCAGAGAGGCUCACGAGGCUUUUACUUUGCUGAGAAGCAAAGGUUAUGUAGUUUCUAUAGACGCGUGUAACGCUCUCAUUGGGAGCUUGGUGAGGCUCGGGUGGGUAGAAUUGGCCUGGGGGGUUUAUCAUGACAUUUCUUUGAGUGGAACAAGUAUUAAUGUCUACACUCUCAACAUCAUGGUUAAUGCCUUGUGCAAAGAUGGUCAGAUGGAUAAAGUCGGAGCCUUUAUAUCACAGGUGCAAGAGAAGAUGGGUUUUCAUCCUGAUAUCGUUACCUAUAAUACGUUGAUCAGCGCUUACUCUAGUAAAGGUUUUACGGAAGAGGCGUUUGAGUUGAUGAAUGCUAUGCCUAGUAAAGGGUUUUGUCCUGGUGUUUAUACUUACAACACUCUCAUCAAUGGGCUGUGUAAGCAUCGGAGAUACGAGAGAGCUAAGGAGGUUUUCGCUGACAUGUUGAAAUCUGGUUUGAGUCCUGACUCUGCUACCUACAGAUCGUUGCUGAUGGAGGCUUGUAAGAAGGGAGAUGCGGUUGAGGUAGAAGAGGUUUUCAGUGAUAUGAGAUGUAGGGAUGUUGUUCCUGAUUUGGUUUGCUUUAGCUCGGUAAUGAGUCUUUUUGCUCGGAGGGGAGAUCUCGACAAGGCGUUAGUGUAUUUUAGCUUAGUGAAGGAUGCUGGUCUGGUUCCCGACAACGUGAUCUACACGGUUCUUAUCCAAGGGUAUUGUAAGAAAGGUAUGAUCUCUGAAGCUAUGGAUUUGAGAAACGAAAUGCUUCGGCAUGGUUGUUGUAUGGAUGUUGUUGCCUAUAAUACCAUUUUGCACGGCUUAUGCAAACGGAAAAUGAUGUGUGAUGCGGAUAAACUGUUCAGAGAGAUGACCGAAAGGGGUUUGUUUCCAGACUCUUACACUCUAACCAUACUUAUUGAUGGGCACUGUAAGCUUGGAAACCUGCAAAACGCGAUGGAGCUUUUCGAGAAGAUGAAAGAAAAGAGGAUCAGACUCGAUGUUGUGACGUACAACACGCUGUUAGAUGGGUUUGGUAAAGUAGGCGAUAUCGAUACAGCAAAGGAGAUAUGGACAGAUAUGGUAUCAAGAGACAUUCUGCCGACUCCUGUAUCCUACAGCAUUCUGGUUAACGCGCUGUGCAGCAAAGGCCAUCUCUCUGAGGCAUUUCGAGUGUGGGAUGAGAUGCUCAGUAAAGGUAUAAAGCCAACGGUCAUGAUUUGUAAUUCAAUGAUAAAGGGAUAUUGCCGCUCUGGUAAUGCCUCGGAUGGAGAAAGCUUUUUGGACAAGAUGGUCUCUGAAGGUUUUGUGCCGGAUAUCAUAACUUACAACACAUUGAUACAUGGUUACGUUAGAGAAGAAAACAUGAGCAGAGCUUUUGGUUUGGUGAAGAAGAUGGAGGAAGAAAAGCAAGGGGGAUUAGUGCCUGACGUCUUUACGUACAAUUCCAUCUUACACGGGUUUUGUAGACAAAACCAGAUGAAAGAAGCUGAGGCUGUGUUGAGGAAGAUGAUUGAGAGAGGUGUAAAUCCUGACAAGUCAACGUAUACUUGUCUAAUAAAUGGAUUUGUUUCUCAAGAUAACUUAACAGAGGCGUUUAGGUUUCACGAUGAGAUGUUGCAGAGAGGAUUCUCCCCUGAUGAUCAGUUCUGAUGCUCAAUUAUUCCUGUUGUGGUUUACUGCUGCAAGUUGCAACUCACGUAAGCUCAAGAAGGGGACCACUGGAGACAAUACACAUUCCAUUCCUACUAUCCUCUCACUUUCUUCUGAGUCGAGACAUAGAAAUGACACAGGGAAAGAUGGGCUAGAAAGUGGCAACUCAUUUAUAAGUGCAUUUUGUUGAAUCACAAGAAGCCAAUUGCUUUCCCUUUCUGGACAAACUCUUUACUAUACACUCACGUCUCCUCUU